AUGAGUGAUUCAGGGCGGAGUAGAACUUCCGCCACAGUUAUAGUAUUACUAUUUAGUAUUAUUUUUUAUUUUUGUGGUAAAACAAAGAACUAUGAAGACGCAUUAUGGGAAACAUUUACGCGUAUACUUGAUCCAUGUGCCGCCACAAAUGAUGUUGGUGUAAAAUAUCGAGUUAUAUCUGGAAUUGUGAUAAUUGUUGGGCUUGUUAUUAUUGCAAUAUUAAUUGGUGCAAUAGUCACUUUUAUGGACACGAAACUAGAGGAAUUAAAGAAAGGACGAUCAACAGUUGUUGAAAAUAAUCAUACAAUUAUUUUAGGAUGGUCACCAUUAAUAUUUGAUGUUAUUAAAGAAUUAGUUAUUGCCAAUGAAAGUCAACGUAAUCCAUCAAUUGUUAUUUUAGCCGACAAAAAUCGUGUUGAAAUGCAAGAUAUGAUUCAAGAUAAAGUUAAUUAUAAAAACACAAGAAUUAUUUGUCGAAGUGGUGAUCCGAUGUUGGUAUGUAAAAAGCCAAUAGCUACAUUUUUCUCUCUCAACUGAAAUUUACUUAAAAACAGAGCGAAAAUAAUAUUGAAAAAAUAUAAAUAAUUUUUACUGAAUGAACUGAAUUUUCACCUGAAGAAUUAGAAGUUAUUGAUCCCAUAGUGAGGUACAAUAGUAACGACGAAUCAUCUGCAUAUACAGUAGGGGUAGAACACAUUUGUGCAUCUCUCAGAACCAUUACAUAAGCAGAAAAGUAGUAAUUCAUUAGUCGAAGUUGGAAAAAGAUCCUGAAUCACUUUCCUAUCUACUGACAGACUUCGUUGUAGUAGCUCAGUUAAUUUAUUUAACGUCUUAGUCGACUGUGGCUACUGGAACACGACUUAUUAAACUGCAUUGCUCGAUGAGUGGACAAUUCAGUGUGAUAAGCUAAACAGUUGUCACAACAGUACAUAAAUGGAUACUCGAGUAGUCGUCGGUAAUAAACGAGUAAAAGAAAUCGACGAUGCACCAGCAAAAGCAGAUUAGUAGAUUAGAUUUUCCUGCUAGAGAGAAGCUUAGGGAAGCCGUCAAAACUAUGAACGAAUCAAUCGGAUCAAACGAAUCAUUCGGAUUAUUCGUAGAAUAAUGUAAAGCGCUCCUCUGUGAUGUUUGUAUAAGAGUAAAAAUAUAUAAAAUCCAUCUUUUCUUUUCCAUUUUAUUUAUUUUUUCCAAUAGAUUGCUUUUUGUUAACUCUUAUAUAUAACACAUCAAAGAACACAUUAACUGUGCUAAUUGAUUGUAGGUAAUAUAUAUAUUCUCUCCGACCUUAUCACUUGCUAAUAUGGUUUUAAGCAAAUAGUAAGAAUGAUUUUUCAUCAGCGCUGUCAUAGUGGGUUUGUUCAGGUAUUACACAGACUAAUGAUAGAAUAUAAAAAUUUUUUAUGGUGCAUAUCACCGGAACAAAAAAAAUAAAGUUAGUUAAGAGUUGCUGAAAAGUGAUUUUUCGUAUUCAGCACACUCGAUACCCAGAAGAUUUUCUAUUUUUCGCUUUGGGUACUUCCGAAAAUUUAAGAAAAAUUUUGAAACAAAAUGGCGCAAAAAGUUUUCGAUGGAAAAAUAAUAUUAAUUUGAAAACUUUUCCUAAACUUUCGGAAGUACCUCGGACCAAAAACAGAAAAUCUUAUGGGUUAUCGAGUGUGCCGAAUACGAAAAACCACUUUUCAGCAACUCUAAAUCAACGUUGUUUUUUCCGAUGACAUGCGGCUGAACUAUACUGUGGAACAAAAAGAAAAGCAACAAGAUAUGAAAGUUUGACCUUUAUUUCAAAAGAAAAGUGGUUUGGGAGUCUAGAUAUUAGGAAUAGUCAAUCACGUUGUACGUCCAAAAGAUCUCACUAAAGCAACUGUGAUUUUUACUCGAGAAUCUUCGUGUUGAGAUUUCACGUUUUCCUACACUACAGUACAACGCAGUUCACCUUCCGACUUCAAAGAAACCCAUCUGUUUGAUCUUUCUUUCUUCUUCUCGCUUAUAGAAGUAAACGUAGAAAUCAAGAAAACGAGAAAAGAACAAAUUUUCUAUUUUAAUCUAGAUAUUCAUUUAUUAUGUCUAAAAGAGCAGUGCUCAUCCUAUAUUCUAACAACUUUGCGAAUUUAGAGAGGACUCUUUUCCACUUUUUAUACUAGUUUGAAGUACACAAGUUGUACUAUAUACUGAUGUAUUUCUAGAAAAAGAUACCUUUCAGUGUUUGAGAUAUGUGGCUCUCAAUAUUGAUAAUUAACGUUUAACAAAUUAUACUUCUUUUAUAUGCAGCACCAGAUAAACUCUUUUUGACUACCGUGACUUUCCGGCUUUCUCUUCGGGUCAUAAUCAUCAUACGAGACCAAGUUCAACUUUUGUUUUUUCUGGUGGUACAGCUAAAGUUGAAAAGUGAAACCCAUACAUUUUACUAGGUUUAAUCUGUGAUUUUGACAGUUCUGUAUCUUAAAAACUAAAACGGAUCUUUUUGUGGAAAAUAAAUGAAUAUAUGUACAAUUUGUGCACUUCAGAUUAGUAUAGAAAACGGAAGAGGAUCUUCUCUAGUUAUUUUAGUUUUAAGUCGAGAAGUGGGUAGAACGUAAAAUAAACUCACAGCGAGGGCACAUGUUUUUCGAUAAUUUUGUUUUUCUUACUUUGUUCAUUAAGGAGAAAAAUUGUUAUCUACGGAUAUAUAAGAAAAAAGAAUCAGAAUUAUCAAAUAUGAUACAAUAAAAACGGCAUCUCUCUUUUUAAAGUCAAAGAGCAGAACACUUGGAAAGAUAAUACCUGAUUACUCCAUAUUAAGUCUAGGAACAAAAAAGGAGUUGAGUAUGUACGUUAUGUGCCAAAAUAAGAAAAACGAACAAAAAACACACAGGCCUAUAGAAUAACAUUUUUCUUAUUUUGUUCGUUAAAAGGAAAUAACGUCCUAUAUACAUAUAUACGAGCCAUGCUGUACUGGCCAAUCGAUUAUACUGAUUCCGAAUAUACAAAAAAUAUAAAAAAAAUUUUUGGAGUGACUAAAUUGUAGAUCAGACGUCGGUCUACAACUCUAUUUAAGAAAAUCCAGUUUGCAUGAUUUGGUAGAGAUAAAAACAGCUUUCAUUCUUGCGGAAGUCAAUUUCCGCUCUAAAUGUAGACUGACUUUUUGCAACUUGUUUUGCUCAGAACUAAUGAAGCAUGCAUUC